AUGAUGAUGAUGUUAGGUAGUCGUAAAAACAGCCUUGGCUGCUAUUCUUUAAAUCAAAUCAAAAGAUCGAUAUCAUAUAUCACACCACCACCACCAUCAUCCUCAAAACAACAAACCUUUAAUUACAACAACAACAACAACAACAACAACCACCAAAUAACUACAACUUGUAACGAUAAUAAUAAUAAUAAUAAUAAUAUAUCAUCAUUGUGGAGUAACUUUAUAUCAAAUAGUAGAUCUAUCAACAAUAUCAACAACAACAGUUUAAACAAAUAUUAUUCAACAUCUAGUAAUAAUAGUGCAUCUAGUAGUAACCUUAAUAAUAUAAUUGAAAGAACACAUGAUUGUGGAGAAUUAAGAAUCAAAGAUGUUGGUUCAGAGGUUGUAUUAUAUGGAUGGGUACAAUCGUUACGUAUGAUUGGAGAUAAUCUAAUCUUUAUCGUUUUACGUGAUGGUCAUGGAACUACUCAACUUUGUAUUAGCUCAGAGUCAAAGCAACUGAGUUUGAAAUCGACUGUAUUGGAGGUGUCUCUAAACGAGAUAAAGGAUAUCAAAACAAAUAUUAGUCUAGAGAGUGUAGUCUCUAUCAAAGGUCGUGUCAUUGCACGUCCACAAGGUAUGACAAAUGAAAAGAUGUCGACCGGUGCCAUAGAGGUGUCUGUCGAUGAGCUUUGUCUCUUGAAUCAAUGUAGAGAUCUACCAUUUACCAUUGAACACGAUACCGGUGUCACUGAAGAGAUGCGUCUACGUCAUAGAUAUGUCGAUCUACGUCGUCCAGACGUACAACACAACAUACGUCUGAGAAGUCGAGUUGCCAUGGCAGCACGUGACUUUUUAACUCGACAGAAAUUCACCGAAGUAGAAACACCCACCCUCUUUAGACCAACACCAGAGGGUGCCAGAGAAUAUCUAGUGCCAACUCGUAUGGCAGGUCAAUUUUACAGUCUUCCUCAAAGUCCACAACAAUACAAACAACUGUUGAUGGUCGGUGGUAUGGAUCGUUACUUUCAAUUGGCUCGUUGCUAUCGUGAUGAAGAUCUUCGUGCCGAUCGUCAACCAGAAUUCACUCAAAUCGAUAUGGAAAUGUCAUUUGUCAAUGUUGAUAUGGUAUAUCGUAUCAUUGAGGGUUUGAUCGUUUCAAUGUGGCGUGAAGCUGGUUACACCAUCCAAGCACCAUUCCCAUUCCUAUCGUACAAGGAUGCAUUGUCGAGAUUUGGUGUAGACAAACCAGACACUCGUUACGGACUAGAAAUGCGAGACCUUUCAAGUGUCUUUGCCAACACAUCUAUUCCAUUACUCAAAAAGAUACUCGAUGCUACACCACCAAGCACCUUUGAAGAAGCAAAGUCUGUCAUAAAGUGCAUUAAAUUGCCACAGGUAUUGAAUCAUUUCACAUCGAAAGAAAUUGAUCAAUUGGUUUUGGACAGCAAGACAUUUGCACCUGGAUCACCUGGUCUUAUUGCCAUCAAAUGUCAAUCUGAUAGAGAAUGGAAAUCGAUGCUCUCAAAACACAUGUCCUCACAAGAGGUUGAUCAAAUCAUCAAUCGUUUCGCAAUGGAAUACAAGGAGCCAGUACAAGCAGGUGAUCUCAUCCUCUUGUCUGCUGGUCCACGUUGUAUUGUAGAACCAGUACUUGGCAAGACACGUAUUCUCUGUGCCAAUAUGAUGCGUGACAAGAAACUACUCGAAAUCAAUCCACGUCAAUUCAACUUUCUCUGGGUUGUCGAUUUCCCAUUGUUUACUCCAGCCGACUAUUUGAAUGAAAACUCUCCACUCCAAGCCACUCACCAUCCAUUCACAGCUCCACAUCCAGAUGAUAUUCACCACCUUGCCAAUGGCACCAAGCCAUCAGACUUUUCACACAUUCGUGGACUUCACUAUGACAUUGUUUUGAAUGGCGUCGAACUCGGUGGAGGAUCGAUUCGUAUUCACAACUCUGCACUCCAACUCAAGGUACUUGAAGGAGUACUCAAACUCGAACCACAUCUUGUCCAACGUUUCUCACAUCUUCUCAAUGCACUCUCCCUUGGUUGUCCACCACACGGAGGUAUUGCACUUGGAUUCGAUAGAUUAAUGGCACUCAUGGUAGGAUCACCAUCUAUUCGUGAUGUCAUUGCUUUUCCAAAAACAUCUGGUGGUCGUGAACUCAUGACCAAUUCACCAUCCCAAGUAACCUCUGCCGAAUUAACUGAAUUGGGUUUAAAAUUACUCAAUAAAGAAUAA